CCGAUGUGGGCCGGCCGGUGGGUAUUCACUGCUGUUUCCUCCUCCCCCGGCAGCACACCUCCAGGAUGAGAGCUCGCCAGGCGUGUCUGCUGCUGGCGCUGGUCGGCGCCGCGACCUGCCAGGUCACCGACCGACCCACCACCACCACCACGCCGGUGCCCAUCCUGAAGCAGGUCAACCGCGUCAACGACGACGGCUCCUACACGUACGGCUACGAGGCUGCCGACGGAUCCUUCAAGCUGGAGACGCGCUCCGCCAACGGCGAGGUCACCGGAAAGUACGGCUACGUCGACUCUGACGGCGUCCAGCGCGUCUUCGACUACAACGCCAGCAAGGGCGCCGGCUUCGCGCCCAGCUCCGAGCUGAUCCCCUCGCCGCCGCCGGGCCUGCCGCUCACCUCCACCAGCCAGGUGGCGCCCGGAACGUUCGUCGGGGAUAUCGACGUCGCCCUGGACGGCUACAGCGAGGACCUGGACGAGGAUGGCUUCGUCGACCCGAUCCCGACCGAGCUGCUGCAGGGCCGUCCGCAGACGCGUCGCCCGGCGCCGCAGCCCGCCGCCCGUCCCGCGCCGCGGCCCGCCGCCCCCGCCCGCGCCGCCGCUCCCGCCCGGCAGGCCGCCCCCGCCCCCGCCCCCGCCUCCUCCGGUCUGCCGGCCGGCACCCUCCGUUUCGACGGCGCCGCCCCGCAGCUGCUGCCCCAGCCUCAGCCUCAGCCCCAGCAGUUCGCCGCCCGUCUGCCGCAGCAGCCGCAGUUCGCGCCGCAGCAGCGCUUCGUGCCCCAGGGCGCGCCCCAGUUCGCUCAGCAGCCUCAGCAGUUCGCGCAGCGGCCGCCCCAGUUCCCCCCGCCUCAGCAGUUCGCUCAGCAGGCUCGCCAGCUGCCUCAGCAGCCGCAGCAGCCUUUUUUCAACGUGCAGGGCUUCGACGCCAAUAACGGUGUGAUCCGGGGCUUCCGCGCCAACUAACUAUCAUACUUGUUCACAUGCGUCUAUCGCUCGCCUCAUCGGCCGGCUGCGGUCUGUCUGCACCUUCCGGGGAUAACUUCCUUCGGCAGUGGGCAGGCGGCCCCGAGCUGGCGCCCUUGUUCCAAUCAUUCGCCCCGCUCCCCAUCGCACGCCGCUAUGACGUGUGUCAGAGCUCUCUGUGGGGUGAUUCAUGCUAUUGCACAUAUUCUUAUUGUGUGUCUUGAUGUAUGUUACCAAUGUGAAUAUACAAAUGUUCUAAACGC